CUCUACACUCUUCUUUCUUAGGGGAGGCUGACAAGAAAAAAGCUUCCCUGUAAAAUUAAUUAAUAAUAGAGGUUUCCAUUAUGCAAUACUAUCCGGCAAUGGCGUCGCCGCCGGACACGAGCAAAACCUCCAAGCUGGAGCGCUACAACAGCUACCUGAGGAAAGUCAACAGCACAAAACUCAUCGCCGCUUCUUCUAAACUCCUCUUUAGAGUCACUCUAUUGAUUGCGUUACUCCUUAUUUUCUUCUUCACCAUCAACUACCCUCCGGUUGCUGAUAGCUCCGGCAACCGCGCCACCGCUCACGCCACCAACCACUUGCUCUCCUCCGCCUUCUACGGCGGGGGAGCGUCCUGGGAGAAGCACGUCCGCCUCUCGUCCACUCCCCGCACCACAAACGGCAUCUCGGUUCUGGUCACCGGCGCGGCCGGGUUCGUUGGGUCCCACUGCUCACUCGCGCUGAAGAAACGCGGCGACGGGGUUCUAGGGCUGGAUAAUUUUAACUCUUACUAUGAUCCUUCCCUGAAGCGCGCUCGCCAGAAGCUUCUGGAGAAGCACCAGAUCUUCAUCGUGGAAGGGGACCUCAACGACGCCGAGCUUCUGAGGAAGCUUUUCGACAUUGUGCCGUUCAGCCACGUGCUCCACCUCGCCGCGCAGGCCGGCGUGAGAUACGCCAUGCAGAAUCCUCUCUCUUACGUCAGCUCCAACGUCGCCGGAUUCGUGAACCUUCUCGAAGUUUCCAAAGCCGCCGACCCUCAGCCGGCGAUAGUCUGGGCGUCAUCCAGCUCCGUUUACGGCCUCAACACCGACGUCCCGUUUUCCGAACACCACCGGACCGAUCAGCCCGCGAGCCUCUACGCCGCCACCAAAAAAGCCGGCGAAGAAAUCGCCCACACGUAUAACCACAUUUACGGCCUCUCCUUAACCGGGCUGAGAUUCUUCACCGUGUACGGCCCCUGGGGGCGGCCGGACAUGGCGUACUUCUUCUUCACCAAGGAUAUGAUUCAGGGGAAGCCGAUCAAUGUGUACGUGACGCAGGAGGACAAGGAGGUGGCGCGUGACUUCACCUACAUCGACGACGUGGUGAAGGGGUGCCUGGGGGCGCUGGACACGGCGGAGAAGAGCACCGGCAGCGGCGGAAAGAAGAAGGGGCCGGCGCAGUUGAGGGUGUACAACCUGGGUAACACGUCGCCAGUGUCGGUGAGGAAGCUAGUGGCAAUUCUAGAAAAUUUGCUCAACAUCAAGGCUAAAAAGAACGUUGUAAAGAUGCCCCGAAACGGCGACGUUCCGUACACCCACGCUAACGUGAGCCUUGCCUACAGGGACUUCGGCUACAAACCAACCACGGACUUGUCAAGUGGAUUGAGAAAGUUCGUCAAGUGGUACGUUAGUUAUUACGGUAUUCAAUCAAGGGUAAAAAAGGAAUUAGACGGCACCCAGGAGUAGGCAAUGAAGUGGGGUUGGGGGGUGGGGUUUUUUUUUUUUUUUUUUUUCAAAAUUACUUUUCCCACUUAUAUUUUCUUUUAAUUAUUGUUGAUGUAUUUUGAUCAUUUAAGCAUAUAUAUUUAUUUAUGUAACAAAAUGAAAAGAGAGGUAAUUAUUGAUAAAGUAAUAAGAAUGAGGGUGGAAAUGACAAUUGUAGAUCUAUGGAGUAGGGGUGCAAUAAUGUGAUAUAGCCAUAAUGACGGGGUGCUAUCAUAAUUAAAGAAAAGUUUGCAUUUCUGUACAAAAAUAUAAUGCAGAUCAACCUCUCGUGUACCAAUCAAGAUAUUGUAGUUUUUGUUGGAUUCUUGCCUUCUUGGAACACCAAUAGUAAUUACAACAAGAAUCUUUUCAAUA